AUGUGCUACGACCGCUACGUGUCCAUCUGCAAACCCCUGCACUACGGGACCCUCCUGGGCAGCAGAGCUUGUGCUCACAUGGCAGCAGCUGCCUGGGCCAGUGGCUUUCUCUAUUCACUAAUACACACAGCCAAUACAUUUUCCCUGCCCCUGUGCCAGGGCAAUGCCCUGGGCCAGUUCUUCUGUGAAAUCCCACAGAUCCUCAAGCUCUCCUGCUCCAAAUCCUACCUCAGGGAGCUUGGGCUCAUUGCAGUUAGUGUCUGUUUAGCUUUUGGUUGUUUUGUGUUCAUUGUUUUCUCCUAUGUGCAGAUCUUCAGGGCUGUGCUGAGGAUCCCCUCUGAGCAGGGACAGUACAAAGCUUUUUCCACCUGCCUCCCUCACCUGGCAGUGGUUUCCCUGUUUGUUAGCACUGCAGCCUUUGCCUACCUGAAGCCCCCCUCCAUCUCCUCCAAAUCCCUGGAUCUGGCCCUGUCAAUUCUGUACUCUGUGGUGCCUCCAGCCCUGAACCCGCUCAUCUAU